GGAAAACCCUCCCUCGUCCCAUUCCCCAUUCCCCAAAUGCGCGAACAGAAAGAGAUGGAAACCCACGCCGGCCUCGGCACUGACGGUGGCAACCCUGCUCCGACGAAGCCGGCGAUGGACGAAGCACGCGCCGGUGCCGAUGCCGCUGAAGCCCCCUCCUUUGCCGGCCCCGACGCGCUCCCCGUCCCCCAGCCGGGUACCGCCGCGAGCGCGAGGAAGCGGAAGGCCCUGGCGACGGCAAAGGCUGUCAGCAAGCCUCGCAAGACGCAGGUCGAGGAGCCGAUUCAGAUGCCUGUGUACUAUGGAUGUAGAGCACCGUUUUCUCGCGUGCGUGGCAACGAUUUAGAAGACAAAUGUGCUCACUUAAUCGGCGAGCUACCGCUGCAGCCACAGUCCAUGUCAUUGGUGGAUCUACAGCUCUGGAUCUUCAGGCUGUUCCGGCUCCAUCCAGAAACACAAGAUCUCGAUAUCAAGGGGUUCCUCAAGCAACGCAAAACUGAUUUCUUCGACGAAGAGUCCUCCGAACCAGACUGUUGUUUGGAGGACUACCCGUGGGGCAUGAAUGAGUUUUGUACUGACAAAUGCUGGAGUUCCUUUGCAAAUAAAUUGAAGAGAAAAAAACAUGUGACACAGAAGUUCAUGUUGUAUGUGCAAUCCUCUGAGGCCAGGCACUACGCCAUUUUGCUCAAAGCCGUACAUGAUGAUUACUCUCAACUGGCCACUGUUGUGCUGCCUGGGACGGAGUGCCUGGCAAGUAGUCGCUAUGCCUUCCGUGACCUUGUGGAUGACCUGACGAUGACAGCCAAGGAAUUGGUACAUUAUCUCACUGGACCCUUAGGCGAGAAGAUCAGUCCCGCUGAGGCGUGGAGGGCAAGACAGUUUGCUCUGGAGAGGGAAUUCGGCACCUUUUAUGAUUCACACAACUUUGCCCCAAGGUUGCUUAAGGAAAUAGCACGCAAGAACCCUGGUUGCUUUGUAGACAUCAAGGAUGAAGAGGUUGCAGGGUGUAAGGGUUUCCGAGUCCUGCAGCGUAUGUUUUGGGCAUUUGGACAGUGCUUGCAGGCCUUCCGUACCUGUCGCCCUGUGCUAUGCAUCAAGGGCACACCACUAUGUGGGAAAUAUCAAGGGAUGCUGUUGACUGCUGUGGCAUUGGACGCUAAUGAUUUUUCCAUUCCAGUAGCAUGUGCUAUCGUUGAGGGUGAGACCAAGGAAAGUUGGUUGUGGUUUCUUAGGAAUUUGGAGCGAGCAGUGGUGCAUCAGUCUGAUGUGUGCAUUAUACACGACUACAAAAGGGAGUUGAUUGAUGCUGUGGAAGACCUUCUGAAAUACGAAUAUCGACAGUGGCGUAAAGCAGAAAGCCGGUGAUGCAUGGAA